UGCAGGGUCCGGGGAGAGCAGAUAUAGUGAAUGUAGGGUCCGGGAGACCUGAUAUAGUGAAUGCAGGGUCCGGGGAGAGCAGAUAUAGUGAAUGCAGGGUCCGGGGAGAGCAGAUAUAGUGAAUGCAGGGUCCGGGGAGAGCGGAUAUAGCGAAUGCAGGGUCCGGGGAGAGCAGAUAUAAGAAUGCAGGGUCCGGGGAGAGCGGAUAUAGUGAAUGCAGGGUCCGGGAGACCUGAUAUAGUGAAUGCAGGGUCCGGGAGCAGAUAUAGUGAAUGCAGGGUCCGGGGAGAGCAGAUAUAGUGAAUGCAGGGUCCGGGGAGAGCAGAUAUAGUGAAUGCAGGGUCCGGGGAG